AUGGAUAAAUUGCGUUUUUGUUAUUUGUUGCUGUAUGUUAUAGGGGCGGUAACUACAAAAAGCUACGCCGCUGCAGCUGUUCCAGAUUACUAUAAUUUCACAAUCAAUGGACAGACGUACUGGUUAUCUAACUACUCAGCCAGUGAACAAACUGCAAGGAAUAAAUGCGCCAACAUCUACUCAGAGUUGGCCUUGUUCAACACUAACGCUGAACUCCGAAAUGUUGCCACGUAUAUUUUAAACAACAUUGCAAAAGGUUUUUCUUUUUGGGUAGAUAUUAUAUCAAAAGACGAAAACAAUGAUGGUAAGUAUGAGUUCUACUGGAAAACUGAAGAUUUGGAUCAAACCCUUUGGGGAUACCCUGAUCCUAACGAAAACUGUCAAUCGGUUCAAAAAGACACACCUUGUUGCGUGGAUAUAGGGUUAUAUGAUAAGUAUUGUUUGUUUGAUUACCCUUGUACUGGCCUAAUCAGGUUUUUGUGUAAGUCAGUUGACGAGUGUCUCAAUAACGUUGACAAGUGUGAGCAUGGGUGCCGAGAUAAAGCCCUGGGUUACGACUGUUACUGUAACGCAGGUUACAGCUUGGCGAGCGACGGUUACGCGUGCGAUGACGUCAACGAGUGUAACACAUCGACGCCGUGUCAGCAGGCGUGUACCAACACGCACGGCUCCUACACGUGUGGUUGUUAUACCGGGUACACGAUGGCCGUGUUCGGCGAGUGUGUUGACGUGGACGAAUGUAAAAAUACACCUUGCCCGUACAACUGUAAAAACACCGAAGGAUCCUUUUACUGUGAGUGCCUACAAGGAUAUUCCCUGGCUCCAAAUCAAACCAACUGUACCGAUAUUGACGAAUGUUCUGUUUUCAAACCUUGCCAACAAAACUGCAAAAACACCGACGGCUCUUUUGAAUGCUCUUGCGGACCUGGCUACGUCCUUUCUAACGAUAAAACAAACUGCACUGAUAUUAAUGAAUGUCUUCAAUUUCCUUGCCAACAAGAAUGCGAAAAUACCGACGGUUCUUUUAAAUGUUUUUGCAUACCAGGGUACCAACUCUCAAGCGACGGUGUAAAGUGUGUUGAUGUUGAUGAAUGUGGACUAAACUCGUGUCAAUUUGACUGUGUCAAUACAGACGGAAGCUACUCCUGUCUUUGCCCGUGUGGCUACACCUUGCUAUCAGAGCUGGGAAAACUUAGCACGGUGUGUCAAGACAUAGAUGAGUGUGUACUGAAUCCUUGCCCGUAUAACUGCAGCACAUGGAGUAACCCUUGUAACAGUAUAUGCAACAACACGAACGGAUCUUUUGAGUGUAUUUGCCCACCAGGAUACACGUUAUCAUCGGAUAAACUGACGUGUGUAAUGAAAGAUCCGUGUUCAGUUGACUUAAACCCCUGUUCUCAUAUUUGUACCAGCACAAACGGCAACGCCCGAUGUUCUUGUCCCUGGGGGUAUCUUCUAGAUUACAAUAAGGUCAACUGUACAGAUAUCGAUGAGUGUGCUUCAUUGGAUGUUUGUCAACAAGGAUGUACCAACACAUUAGGGUCAUUUAUGUGCUACUGCAAACAGGGUUAUCAACUUUCUAACGACGGUAAAACUUGUGUUGAUAUUGACGAAUGUCUUCCAAAUCCCUGUCAACAUUCCUGCAACAACACCGAUGGAUCGUUUAACUGCUUUUGCAGAAUAGGCUACCAGCUAUCUUACGACGGUAAAACUUGUACUGAUAUAGAUGAAUGUCAACAAAAUACUUGCACACAGUUAUGUAACAACACUGAAGGAUCGUUUAACUGCUAUUGCAGAAUAGGCUACCAGCUAUCUUACGACGGUAAAACUUGUACUGAUAUAGAUGAAUGUCAACAAAAUACUUGCACACAGUUGUGUAACAAUACUGAAGGAUCGUUUAACUGCUAUUGCAGAAUAGGCUACCAGCUAUCUUACGACGGUAAAACUUGUACUGAUAUAGAUGAAUGUCAACAAAAUACUUGCACACAGUUGUGUAACAAUACUGAAGGAUCGUUUAACUGCUAUUGCAGAAUAGGCUACCAGCUAUCUUACGACGGUAAAACGUGUACUGAUAUAGAUGAAUGUCAACAAAAUACUUGCACACAGUUAUGUAACAAUACUGAAGGAUCGUUUAACUGCUAUUGCAGAACAGGCUACCAGCUAUCUUACGACGGUAAAACUUGUACUGAUAUAGAUGAAUGUCAACAAAAUACUUGCACACAGUUAUGUAACAAUACUGAAGGAUCUUUUUUCUGCCAUUGCAGAACAGGCUACCAACUUUCUAGCGACAAUCAAACUUGUACUGAUAUCAAUGAAUGUCUUCAAAAUCCCUGUCAACAUACAUGCAACAACAAUGAAGGAUCCUUCAGUUGUAACUGUAAACCUGGCUAUCAGCUAUCUAAAAACGGCACAAACUGUCUUGAUGUUGACGAAUGUCUGCAACAUCCUUGUCAACAUACAUGCAACAACACAGAUGGAUCCUUCAAAUGUGGAUGCCCAACCGGCUACAUUAUCGCACCGGAUCAAACUAACUGCACAGACAUUGACGAAUGCAAUAUAUCCAACCCUUGCCAACAAGAAUGCAAAAACACUUUGGGUUCAUUCAACUGUUACUGCCGAAAAGGGUACGAAAUUUCUACCUACGGCAAUUCUUGUGCUGAUAUUGACGAAUGUCUUCAACAACCGUGUCAAUAUACAUGUAACAACACUCAAGGGUCUUAUAAAUGUGAAUGCCCACAAGGUUUCAUCCUUGCACCUGAUCAAACUAACUGUACUGAUAUAAACGAAUGUGCAUCCCAACACCCUUGUCAACAAGGUUGCAGCAAUACUGAAGGUUCUUUUCGAUGUUUUUGUAGGCGCGGAUACCAACUCUCCUACGAUAAUCAAACGUGUGUUGAUAUAAACGAAUGUUCACAGAAGCCGUGUCAACACGAAUGCAAUAACACGGAUGGUUCAUUUACCUGCUCAUGUCCUCAAGGAUUUAGUCUUGCAUGGGAUCAAAGAAACUGCCAGGAUAUCAACGAAUGCGGUUCAAAUCCUUGUCAGCAUGUGUGUACAAACACAGAAGGUUCUUUUACGUGUUCGUGUAACGCUAGCUACACACUAGGAAGUGAUGGUCUGUCGUGUGUUGCGACUACCGUAUGUGGUCCAGGUGUGUUGUGUAGUAAUCCGACGUGUAUCAACACACUGAUAGUUCCAGUGUGUGUUUGUCCUCUAGGCUACAUCUUGACAGGAUCUUUGUGUAUAAACGUCGAUGAAUGCGCUAGACUUAACUGCUCGGAUAUUUGCACCAACACAAACGGUUCGUUUAAAUGUUCGUGUAAAACAAACUACACACUAGCCAGUGAUGGUCGCUCGUGUGUUCCUGUUAACACGUGUGCUUCAGGUGUGCUGUGUAGCAACGGCACGUGUAAAAAUCAAGUGUGUACUUGCCCUUUAGGCUACAACUUGACAGGAUCGGUGUGUGUAGAUAUCAAUGAAUGUUCAGGAGCUAACACCUGUUCAGAUACUUGCAUCAACACUGAAGGAAGCUACACAUGCGCGUGCAAGCAAGGCUACACAUUAACCGCAGACAACACGUCGUGUGUAGAAUCCAACCCGUGUACUGAAGGUACUCACGACUGCGAGCACAUAUGCACCAAAACUAACACAUCUUUUCUCUGCAGUUGCAAACCAGGGUACCGUCUAGACACCUCCAACAACAAAACAUGCAUCGAUAUCGAUGAAUGUAAAACCAAUCAAUCAAUAUGUGAUCAUCGCUGUACCAACACCUACGGGUCGUACCUAUGUACCUGUAACCAAGGAUACCGAGUAGAAAACUCCCACUGUGUUGCGUCACGUACCCCGAGUUAUUGCCCUUGUAUGUGUCGGAAUCUCUCUAAUCUACCAACAGCUUUAACAGUUAAGGAAACUUUAAGACGUAUCCAGGAAAUUGAAACAAGUUUAAAACUAAACUCAAAAACUCUCUCUUCCUACUCUCUAAAGUUAACAAGCGCUGAAGACAAUAGAGUUUCUGCGCAGACAGUCGGCUAUGUUGGAGUUGUGCUACUUGUAAUAACAGCAACCGUGAUAAUUCUUCCGGAUAUCUUCUCCGUAAUUUGGUACCUCGCAUCGUGCCGGAAACAUUAA